AUGGCCUUUAAGAGCAGGCUGCCGGAGCUUCACCCCGCGCUGCGGGCUCCCGGUGGAGGUGGAGCUCGCCCCUCCCCGGGGCGGGGCAAGGCAAGGCAAGGCAAGGUUGAGCCAAGCCGGCUCCUACUCGCCGCAGGUGGACGCCCGCGAGGUUGCGCUCCGGCGGCGUUUCUCGCCUCGUCCGGCCUCCAGCGAGCCGCCGCCGCCGGGAUGAGCCUGCCGGUGCUGGCGCGGGAGCUGUCCCACUACCUGGACAGCCGCGUGCGGGGCGGGCUGGCCGGCUCCGGCAUGGGCUGGUCGCUGGUGCUGGGUUUCGGCGUGGCGUACGCCGCCUGCUACCUCAGCAGCAUUGCCAAGAAACCUCAGCUAGUGGCUGGCAGUAAGAGUUUCUGCUGCUUUCUCAAGAAAUAUUGUCCUGUUGUAACAGAAACUUACUACCCUACAAUCUGGUGCUGGGAGGGCCGGGCACAGACACUUCUGCGCCCCUUCAUCACCUCCAAACCUCAGGUGCAAUAUAGGAACGAGCUUAUUAAAACAACAGAUGGAGGACAAAUUUCACUAGAUUGGUUUGAUAAUAAUGACAGUGUACGUUAUCCGGACGACAGCACAAGACCCACAAUCUUGGUAUUGCCUGGCCUUACAGGAACAAGUAAAGAAUCCUACGUUCUUCAUAUGAUCCAACAGAGUAAAAAAUUGGGAUAUAGAUGUGUGGUUUUUAACAAUCGAGGAACUGCUGGAGAGGAUCUCUUGACACCAAGGACUUAUUGUGCUGCUAACACAGAGGAUUUGGAAGCUGUGAUUCAUCAUGUACACAACUUGCAUGCUUCAGCUCCACUUCUAGCAGCAGGUGUUUCUAUGGGAGGCAUGCUUCUUUUAAAUUACCUGGGCAAAACUGGUAAAGAAACUCCUUUGAUGGCAGCCGCAGUUUUCUCUCCAGGUUGGAAUAUUUUUGCAUCUGUAGAAUCACUUGAGAAACGACUGAACUGGUUUCUUUUUAACUACUACUUGACUACUUGUCUACAGUCCUCCAUUAGUAGACAUCGAAAAAUGUUGGAAAAAUUAUUUGAUUUGGACCUGGUCAUGAAGGCUAAAACCAUUAGGGAGUUUGAUAAGCAAUUUACCUCAGUCAUGUUUGGCUACCCUACAAUUGAGGAUUACUACGAAGAUGCAAGCCCAUAUCACAAGUUGAAGUCAGUAGGAAUUCCACUGCUGUGUCUGAACUCUGUGGAUGAUGUUUUCUCACCAGGCCAUGCUGUUCCAGUGGAAAUGGCCAAACAAAAUCCAAAUGUUGCUAUUGUUCUUACCUCCUGUGGAGGCCAUAUUGGUUUUCUGGAAGGAAUGUGGCCAAGGAAUUGCACUUACAUGGACAGAGUCUUCAAGCAGUUUGUGCGAGCUAUUUUUGAGCAUGGGAAACAAAUCAUUAGCAUGUAGCUUUGGACCACUAUUUUAGCACAUUCUGAAAAGGGCAACUCAGACUAAUGCACAAGUUUUAACUACUGUAAGCCAGCAAAAUGGAUGAAGUCCAUUACUUUCUGCAAAAAAUACAUUUGCCUAAAAUUUUGUAGCAAGAAUUUUACAUGUUACGUUGUCACUUUUGUAUUUAUAAUAUGCCUUACUAAGAAUGACCUUAAAACAGCACUCUGCGUACAUCCAACUGCACUUAACCAAAAUCAUUAAGUAAUAGAUAAUAAUUCCUCAGGGUUUUUAUUUAAGCCAGUGCAUUUUAGGAGACUUGAUUUAUAAUAUAAAAACCAUAACUUCUAAAAUUACCCUCAUUUUUGUUGUUUAUUACAAAUUGGUGAGAAUGAUGAAAUAUAAGAAUAGAAGGAGGAGGAGGAAUGCAAAAACAGCACUGUUUCUUCAAGUAAUCUUUACGUUUAAGAAUGGAUUACAACCGAAUUAGACUGAUACUGUAUCUAUUGUUUACCCUGAGAGAAUUACAGAUUUAGGACUAGUUAUAAUGGUAAUGCUGUAUGUCUCGCACAAUUAUUUUUAUUGUUAACUAAUUUAUAGUAUUUCUAUAUUACGAAAAGGUUCUGUUGAAGCAAUGCAUAAUAAACUGUCAUUUAAAAAAAUUGUUUUGCAUUUAAGUAUCUAUUUAAUCUUAUGUAGAAUUGUAUAUACAAUGCAUAUAUUUCACAGAAGUAUGGUAAAGAAACAUAAAAUACAGAAUCGCACAUUGUUUACUACUUUGCAGGAUUGGGUUUUUAAAAAUAAAUGUUAGGAACGUAGGGUGCAGUCUACUUUAAAGAAUUCAUAUUUCCAUUUGUUGUAAAUAAUAUAUACAAUUAAUAUAACAGAAAAGGAGGCGAGAAAUUUUUUGUUCUGUGCACUUGUUAAAGACUUGACAAAAUGUUUGUAGCCUCUUGUGUCUGUUAAAGUGACAAAAGAAUGGUAUGAAACUUGAGUGUACAUCAUCAUUUUCCUUCCAGCUUCCACAAUACUGUUGUUGCAAAGAAGGGGUUAAAAUGAACUGAACACAAUUUAGAGUCCAAGACUGUUGCAAAGUCCUAAUCUAGUGCUCACUGAAGCAAAUGCAUGUCAUACCAGGUCAGGGAGCUGCAAACUACUCUUGCACUUUUCUUUUUUUUGGCACUGCACCAAGAACAGCUCAGACUAGAAACUCAUGUACAGCUAGCUACUCCUUGCUUAACGUCAUAGUUACACUCUUGAAAAAUGUGACUUUAAGCGAAACGAUGUUAAAUUAAUCCAAUUAUGUCACAGUAGUUAUCUACUAGCGGGCAGCAGCCAAACAAUGUUAUAACCAAAUGUUGUGCUACUUUAAAAGAGUAUGUUCUCUGACUUUAACUUUAUUAAUUCUCACUUGUUUUUAUAAACAAAGCAUGGCACAUAAGUGUGGCUAGG